GCGAGAUUUGUGUGACCUACAUUUUUUGGUGCUGACCUACUUACGUUCAAACUCUGUUUAUUCACUAUUGCUGAGACUUCCAGCUCUCUAUUUUUCCUGCGUAGACCUAUGUUAAGCUACUCUUCACCGAGAGUUUUGUAUGCUCAUUAUCAAGUCAUAGUUUUUGCAAAAUAGGUCAACGAGACAGAAUAGAUCUAAAUUUGGGAUGGCAGAAAGUUCGGACGACGAUUACACAGAUGACAGUUGGACCUUCUACAGGGACCGAGAAGAGUGGAAAGAUGUAACACCAGUACCACAAGAUGACGGACCCAAUCCUGUAGUAAGGAUAGCUUACUCUGAUCGAUUUGCCGAUGUAUAUGAUUAUUUCCGUGCAAUGGUCAAGAAAGACGAGAGGAGUGAGCGAGCCUUUGAUUUAACAACUGAUGCUGCUGAGUUAAAUUCAGCCAACUAUACAGUCUGGCACUAUAGAAGGGUGUUGCUUAAAGACUUGGACAAAGAUCUUAAUGACGAAUUGGUUUAUAUCACAGAAGUAAUCCAUGAUCACCCGAAAAACUACCAAGUUUGGCAUCACCGUAGAGUGAUAGUGGAAUGGCUAAAGGACCCAUCAAAUGAACUCAAGUUUACUGAGGAGAUUCUACGAGAUGAUGCCAAGAAUUACCAUGCCUGGGAACACAGACAAUGGGUGCUGAGAACAUUUGAUCUCUGGGACAAAGAGCUUGUGUUCACGAACAGACUCAUAAACAACGAUAUUCGCAACAAUUCCGCGUGGAACCAACGCCAUUAUGUAAUUGCCAACACAUCCACCUUUACAGAUGACGUAGUAGAAAGAGAAGUAAAUUAUACAAAAGAGAUCAUCAGCAGAGCCCCAAACAAUGAAAGUGCUUGGAAUUUCCUUAGAGGUGUUCUCCAAGACAGAGAAUUAAGCAGGUACCCCAAACUGAUGGAGUACUGUUUGAACAUGUAUGAACACAGUAUUAGGUCCCCCUAUCUCAUGGCUCUUAUAGUGGACAUGUAUGUAGAACAGAUGGAACUCAAAGAUGUAGAGAAUUCAGUAGCCCUUCCAAAAGCUUUACAGUUUUGUUCUUCACUGGCUUCUGAACACGACACUAUACGUAAGAAUUAUUGGGAAUAUUUAUCACGCUCAAUAACUUGUAAAUAUGGAGAAACUGCAAAAUCCUGAAUUAAAUGAUCUUAGGAAGUUGCUACAGUGUUGAAUGGAGAGUCAGAACUUGAAAUAGGACUCUUGUAACUGUCUGUAUUUGGAGUAUUUACAAAAUCGUAAUCCAAUGAUGCAAUCAACUGAUCAACUGAAUUGAGGCAUGUUACUGUCUAUAGGUGAUAUUCUUAUGCUGGGCUAAAUUUGCAUACAAGAACAUAUUUCAAAAUCUCAAAAAACAUUGUAUCAAUAACACAAAACAAGAAUGUUUUCUCAAAUUCUUAAAACAUACUUUACAGAAAGUACCUAUUUUUAGUUUGGUCGUCACCAUGUAUUUCAACUCUUGUGGCAGUAAUAUGUACAUGUUUAGUUAUUCAAAACAGUAGGACAACAUAAACAACCAAGUUAGGACCUACCAUCUGUACGAGUCAUCAAUGCAAAGACAUUUGUUUGGAAAAAAGUAUGAUCGUGCUCUCUAGAAUAAAGGUCUAUUCCUAUCAACUAACACUAGCUGAUAUUGAUUGAUAAAUUAAUUAUAAUAGUACAGUAGCCAUAAUUUCCUGGCUAAGAUAAAUAAAAAAGUUCAAUAGAUCUAUUCUAAGAAAAAGUUUAUUUUGUAUAUUUGCAGUUUUGUAUUAUUUUGUAUUGUUUGUCCUUUGUGUGUAUUUUGAUGUGCAGGCUAAAUCCAGUAUACAUUGUGGACAUGUGUCGUCAAUCUGUGUGUCAAAAUGAAAUAAAUUAUGAGAAACUCAAAAAUGUGUCUGUUCAGAGAAAAUAUUAAAAGAUGGCGCAUAUGCUAAAGGAAG